AUGGUCGGCCUUGACGGUGAAGUCACAAUGCCAUCAACAAACCCCAAGUACCUUGCUGCCGGCGCAAUCGCGGGUGCGGUCAGUCGGACGGCUACCGCCCCGCUGGAUCGCCUCAAGGUUUACCUGCAAAUUCAGACGGCAGUUCCCAAGGUCGUCUCUGAUGCGGGCGGGAAACUGUCUCGAGGCGCAGUCGUGAUAAGUUCAAACAGUUUAACGAAUGCAGUGAAAGAGAUAUAUGCUGGAGGCAUCUUGAAUUUUUUUCGCGGGAAUGGACUUAAUGUUGCUAAGAUCGCACCCGAAAGUGCAAUUAAAUUUUUCGCUUACGAAAAAUCAAAGGCGAUCGUCGCGCAGCUGACGGGCGCACAAGAUACUGGAUCGAUAGGGAUGCCAGGAAGAUUCUUGAAAGGUUCUGUUGAAUACGGCGGUGGAAAUGUGGCGGGUGCAGGGCUUCCGAUCAUUUUACAAGGGAUUGGUACUGUCGUUGAGAAAGAACAAUUGAAAGGGAAGGAGCCGAGUGCUUGGGUGUCGUUGAGUUGUGGCAUGAUUUCAGGUUCUGUCGGCGCGACCAUCGUCUACCCUCUGUCCCUUGUGCGAACGCGGUUACAAGCACAGGGAACCUCCGGACAUUCACAGAUGUACACUGGGGCAUUUGACGUCAUCCGCAAAACCUAUGCCAAGGAACAAAUGCGCGGAUUUUACAAGGGAUUGAUUCCAGCCUUGUCGAAGGUCAUGCCAGCUGCAGCCAUCACAUACGUGGUGUAUGACAAGUGUAAAUCAAUAUUUUCUCUGGAAUGA